AUGAGUACUCGACGUCGAAGUAUUAUGUCACAUGGUCUAAAUUCAUCUCAUGCUCGUGCAUCAAUUGUAUCACUUUAUUCAGCAACAUUCGAUUCACAUGAUGAAGAUAAUCGUCACAAACCUUGUCGAUGGAUUUCAGCAAUAUUUCUACAUAAAAUCGAUAUAUAUCAUAUCCUUGAAAGACAAGAAGGUACACGUACACUUGCAUAUCAUCUAUUUGUAUUUGCUUUAACUCUUAUUUCACUUGUAUUUGGUUCAAUAUCAACUAUUGAUGAAUGGCGAUCAACAUUAAAUACACAAUUAUAUUAUGGGGAAUUAGGUUUAUGCAUAUUUUUUGCUUGUGAAUUAUUAUUACGUAUAUGGUCAGCUGGUUGUCUUCCAAAAUAUCGAACAUGGGUUGGUCGUUUAAUGUUUAUAACUCGACCAGUUAUUGUACUUGAUAUAUUAACUUUAUUUGGUUUUAUGUUAGCAUUAGCUACAGGUAUAAAGAUAGGCAAAUUUCCAUUAUUAACAUUAAAAUUUUUACCACCUUUACAAAUGAUUCGAUUUUUACGUGUCGAUAGACAAUUAACAUCAUGGAGAAUUUUAAAAGGUAUUAUUAUAGCGCAUCGUCAAGAACUUACUGUUACAUUAGUUAUUGCAUUCAUGUUUCUUAUUACUGGUUCUUAUCUUGUUUAUAUUGCUGAAACACCUAUGGAUGCUAGUUUAAGUUCAGGACGAUUUAAAUCAGUAGCUGAUACAAUGUGGUUUUCAAUUAUCACGGUAAUGUAUAUUUUGAAAGUAGAACGACCUCUUUUACAUAUUUGA